AUGUACAACACAAACAGCAUGCAGACCCCUGACGACGCUGAGGCGCCAUUGUCUUUUAUAUUCCCAAUUGGUUACUCUUACUAUGCUACGAGCAAGUCCUUAUCAACGCACCUAUAUCAAAAGCUAGUUGAUCGGUAUUGGAGACGGUCCGGGACUCUUCUCUACAGGCCGAACCCGAGAAACUCUUGUUGUCCUCACUAUACCCUUCGCCUGGACUCAACAGAGUUCAAACCUACCAAAGAUCAACGGCAAACUGUCAACCGAUUCAACAACUACGUUAUCGGUCCGGACUAUACACAUGCUGCUGCCCGCGUUCAUCCUCGCACGCGCCAAGAAGCACGGAAACGGCACAACGAGUUCGACUUGAUCGACAGAAUCCAUGAACCCGAGGCACAAUUUCUAAAGACGCCUCCAGAGCCAGCUCACAAGUUCACUGUCACAUUGGAGCCAGACGAGUUUACGGAGGAAAAGUAUCUCAUCUUUGAGAACUAUCAGAGACUUGUUCAUAAGGAGGGCCCAGAUAAGAUUUCGCGCCACGGAUUCAAGAGAUUUCUGUGCAAUUCACCUCUUAAGCGUGAAACCAUCUACACUUCGGACGGCGUCCAGCGGCAGGUGGGCUCUUUUCACCAGUGUUACUGGCUGGACGGGAAACUUGUUGCAAUAGGGGUGUUAGACCUGCUUCCCCACGCCGUCAGCUCAGUGUAUUUUCUCUACCAUGAGUCAUUUCACUCACACAACCCAGGCAAGCUCAGUGCCAUGCGAGAGAUUGCCUUGGCUCGAGAGGGUGGCUAUCGUUGGUGGUAUCCGGGAUUCUAUAUCCAUAGCUGCCCCAAAAUGAAGUACAAGAUGGACUUCAAGCCGCAGUCCGUCCUUGAUCCUGAGACACUCACCUGGGAUUUGAUGGACAAGGAGGCGUUGGCGGUUUUUGACGCGAAGCACUACGUCAGCCUAUCCAGGGAGCGGCAACGGAAGGAGUCUGGAGAUCCCCCCCAAAUUUUCAAAAACCAUUUCAUUCGGCCAGAGAGUGACGGCGAAGGUGACGAGGAGGAAGGGGACUUUAUGUUGGGCAGCAGCAUGCCAGGCAUCCCUUCAUUGGAAGAGAUGAAGCAGGUGGACAUGGACAACUUGGUCCUUGUUUCAGAUGCUACCCCCGGGUAUUUUUUGGCUUCCGACUUGGUCAGUUGGGAACAACAAGAUAUCGAGUUGGACCGCAAGGAUAUCAAAUCAACGAUCGCAGAGCUGGUGGCAGCGAUGGGAACGGACGUGAUGGGCGAAAUAUGUGUGGAUUUUCGGAGGAGGACUCGUGUGCUAUAAGCAUACAGCGAGAAGACCGACAGGAGCGAUAAAGGGAAUUGUAUAGCGAUGCACAAAAUGCCUACUUGUGUCCAGCGCAUUCUCUUGGUCCCCUCAUGUGGUGCUCGCGUAUCCCCGCCCCGCAACUGAACCUGAAAAUUACGGACCAGCUGCAGUGCAGUGGUCAAAAACUACAGUAAGAAUAGGAGCACGGUCUGUGGUGGCA